AUACUUGGUUGAGGUUAAAUGUUUGGAUAACGCCCAUGUUUCUGGAAAUGAGUUCGAAAAAUUAUUUACUAAUUUUUGGAAAGUCCAGAAUUUCUUUAAAAUCAAAGUGGGGUGUUACAGACACCGGCGAGGAUGGUUGGGGUUCGCCGGAGAUGAUGGUUUUCCGCCCGUAUGUGCAGGUAGGCUCCUUUUUUUUUUAAAGGAGCACGCUGUAGUUAGAGAGAAGGAGAGAAGGUUUGAACGAUUCUCCGGAGAAAAUGAACUCCUUGGCCGAGAUAUAGGAGAACGAGGGCGGGUCAAACAUUGUCCUCCGGAGGGUUUUGUCCUCCUGCCACAAACACCUGCCCGUUACCAGGGACGACCACCUGCCUGUUAUCAAAGGAGCCAUUAUGACCACGGCACCCCCAGAUCUCGAAAUGACCUGAUUCACUCCCCCAUCAACCGAGGUGCCUACCUUCUUCCCGUUGUCUGUCAAACCACCCGAUCCUCCUGGGUUCACCGAGUGCCCCUGAGCUUCUGGCCGCCUGGAGGAGGUGCUGCGCGGUUCCAGCGACAGCAGCAGCAGGAGCCACCACGGUUGAACGCACGCGAGUGUCUAAGGCAACAGGAGCAGCAGCGGGCUGAGCACAACCCCGAGGAGGAGGAUGAAUACGAACAGCGGUCGCAGGCGUCAAACAUACAGGAGCGAGCCCGCGUCGAGAAGCCAAGGAUCGUGCUCUCGACGUUCACGGGAACCAACCCCGACGCUUGGCUGAACAGGGCGGUGCAAUUCUUCGACUUAAAUGAGAUGCCACAACGUGACUGGGUUCGGUAUGCCGCGUACUAUUUAGAUGGUGAGGCUAACGUAUGGUGGCAGUGGCUCACGUGCGUGUAUCGCGGGCGGCAACAACCGAUCUGUUGGGAAGAUUUUGAACGUGAUCUUCUUACGCGUUUUGGAAACUCAGACUAUCAUAACCACGACGAGGCGCUGACUCGGAUCCGGCAGACGGGGAGUGUACGUGACUACCAAAAGGAGUUCGAGAGAUUGGCGUGCCGGGUUCACGGGUGGCCGGAGAGCGCGCUUGUUGGCGCGUUUGUUGGAGGACAUAGGUAUGAUCUCGCGGCCGAGGUGCGAUUGGAUAGACCGGAGACUAUGCACGGGGCCAUGGAGGUUGCUAGGAGACGGGAGGAUCACUUGGCAGCGACUCAAAGGGGACGGGCGGAUUUUUGUGUCCCAGAGCCGCGGCGUUUGCCGACGACCGUGGGCACACCUAGUGCGAACGCGAGGCCGCCGGGCACAUUUAGGCCUCCAGCAACUGAGGUGAAGAGGUUCACGGAGGAGGAGAUGGCACGGAGACGUGAGAAGGGGCUGUGUUUCCGGUGGGAGGAAAAGUACACGCCGGGACAUCAGUGCAAGCCGAAUUUCUUGAUCGAGUUCAUGGACUCGGAUGACGAGGAGCCGGUGAUCGAGGAAGAAGGGGAGGUGGAGGUGGACGUGCUCAAUGACGAGGUCGAGAUCUCAGUCCAUGCGAUGGCGGGCACUAAAGGCCUGAGGACUAUGAAGUUACCGGCGUGGUUGAAGGAUCGGCGGGUUACGGUACUCGUGGACAAUGGGUCGUCGUACAAUUUCAUUAAUGCGACUCUCUCGCACAAACUCAAGUUGCCCACUACCACGAUUGAGCCGUUCGAGGUUAGGGUGGCGAAUGGCGACCGCUUGCGGUGCUCGGAGAUGUACCGGGGUGUGCUGAUCAAGUUUCAAGGAGUGACGGUGAAGGCGGAUUUAUUUGUCUUGCCUUUGGUGGGGCCGGAUGUGGUGCUUGGGGUGCAGUGGCUCAAGGGACUCAGAGAUGUGACAACUAACUACCGGAAAGGUGUGAUGAAGUUCGAGGCCGUGGUCGAGGAGAAGCAGGUCAUGGUGCGUGACUUGCUCGAGGAGUUCGACCAAGUGGUCGAGGAGAGGCAGCGCGAGGUGCCUGACUUGCUCGAGAAGUUUGACCAGGUCCUCGACGAGCCAAAGGGAUUGCCGCCGCACCGGGAGUUCGACCACCGCAUGCCUUUGGUCGAGGAGGGUCGAGCAGUACACGUGCAUCCCUAUAGGUACGCGCACUUUCAGAAGUCAGAGAUCGAGCGGCAAGUGGGCGAGAUGCUCGAGUUCGGGCUCAUCUGGCAUAGCACGAGCCCGUUCUCAUCACCGGUGCUGCUCGCAAAGAAGAAGGACGACACGUGGCGGUUCUGCACGGACUACCGCGCUCUCAAUGCAGCUACCUGUUGG